CAUAUCUUUGGGUGAGAAUUUUUAAAAAGUUUAUGUUGCUUAGAGCCAGCAAAUUUGCUUAUAGGAACUUAGGUUUCAGAAAUGCCCAAUGUGCAACAGCUCAUUUACAAGGUUGUCACUGUGGCCACGUGUGUAGCAGUGAAGCUGGCGGAAGCCGUGUGCAUAUUUGACGGUAGGGGAUGGGUUUAGUACAUUAUGCUGGUCAGACUAUAACACUCAAUGAUGGUGGCUCUGCAUGUAUGGCAUGGAAGGCUGGGCAGAACAUACUAUUAAGCAGAACAAGUAUGAUCUCGUUUUUGUAGAGAAAUUAUAUACAGUCAUGUGUCGCGUAACGACGGGGAUAUGUUCCAAGAAAUACUUCAUUAGGUGAUUUCUGUCAUCGUCGGAACAUCUUAGGGUGCUUACACAAACGCAGGUGGCCUAGUCCGCUACACACCUAGGCUAUGUAGCGCUUCCUGCUCCUAGGUUGCAAGCCUGUACAGCACAUCACUGUGCAAAACAGCAUGAGAUUAAAUAAACACCGGAGAGACUGAUGCUGCGGUCAUAGAGCUGAUGACAGGCCGCCAGGGCCUCGGGUUGGCACCCUAUUCCCAUGCUGCUGGUGGCAGCGCACUGCCAGGUGUCCUACGGGAUUUACCAUGUCAAGGCUUUUCGGUGCUGCUUGGAAGCUUGAGGCAGGAUUGAAAUGCUCUAACGCCCCGCAGAGCUUGCUCCGGGCUCCUGUGUGCCUGCUGUCUCGCUCCCGGACUCGGCAUUCAGCUUCCUGGCCUUUCCCGCCCUGUCAGGGCCUGGGAGGGCAAGUGGUUGGACAAAACCUUGUGAGAAUUCAGUUUGGCUCCCACAGGGCCUCAGCCAGGGCUGGGGAGCAGCCCCGGAGGCAGGCAGAGGGAGAGGGCCCGCCUCUGGUGUCCCCUGGCCGUCUUCACAGAGUGCGAGGGCCCUUCCAGAUGGCUGAGUGUUGAGGCCCAGUUUACAGAUAGAUGGGGAAACACAGGCCAAGCAAAGGCAGGGGGCUCACACCAGGUCCCCGAGGAGGCCUGUAGAGGCAGGAGCAGAGGCAGGACUUGGCCCGGGGUUUCUGGACUCCUAGGCUUGGACUAUUCCUCAGCAUCCUGCUGAACUCUUCCCUCUAGUAGGGAGUUAGCCUCACAUACUGGGCUGACCCUUCCUGGAGACUGGCUGAGGACUGGUUGCCAUAGAGAUGGUGGAGAGGACAGUUCCAAGGCUGGCAGAUGGGGGUGGGGGGUGGGGCAGGACACCAAUAUGCUAAACACCCACCAACAGUUGGUCAGGACCAGGAGAGCAGGGCAGGACUCCAGGCUCCAGGCUCCAGGGAUGGGCACAGGGCUGCUGGAGCUUCUGUCAGGCAUCGACCAGGCUGAGCAGGGGAGGCUUGGGAGUGGUAAUAGUGUGAUUCGGAGUCAGCGGCAGAGAGCUCAGAGCGGAGGGCAGACGGCAAAGAAGAACCGGAGGCCCGGGAGCUGGAACAAGAAAGGGCAUGGCUCUGCUGAGGCUGAGGAUGUUGUUCUCUCUUCUCCUCGGAAACCCUCCUUCCCUUUCCAAUGGGCCUGGGAGAGCUACACCACAGAUGGCCAGGCUCCACUUCGGCCUGGCUCCCUCUCCGCCCCAGCGGCCCCCCAGCACAAGUUCAGCCGUAAGUGCACUGACAGCUGUCUAGAGGCCCAUGACUUAAGCUGGAAGAUGAAGGUGCAACACCUGGAGAGGAGACAGCAGCUCGAGGCCUGGGACGUCUCCAUCCCUUCUGGCCAAGGGGAGGGCCGAGAGCUGGAGCUGCCCAGUGAGUGUGGCCUCCAGACACCCUGCAAGAAGUCAGGAUCAGGAUCGGAGUCUGAGGAGGCUGCUGAGGAGGCUGCUGAGGAGGCUGAGAGGGGUCUGAGCUCUGGGGAACUGCCCCAGUCUCCCAGGAGGAGGUUGAUUUUGGAGGAAGAAUGGUUUGCAGAGGAGGCUGAGGAGGAGGAGGAGAAGGGGCACAAGGCCCCCCGCAGACGGAGGGCGGGUUCUCGGAGAAAGGGGUGGAAUUCCUGUGCAGAGGCCUCCGAGGAGAGUGAACUGCAGGGCCAAGGGAGCCAUCCCAGUUCCAAUGACCCCCAAGGACCACAGAGGAGGAAGGCAAGGGCCACGGAGCUGGAAGGGAUGUGGGACCUGGAGAAGAUGAAGAAGCAGAUAGAGCAAAACUUGGACCGUGGCCUCAAAAAGCAUCCCUGGAAGGCUUGGCGGAUUGCUAUCCAAAACUGCAACAGGAGCGGGAAGGCCCAGGCCUUGGGAGAAGAUGAGACACCGUUUGCCAACUUCCCCACCCGUACCGUCCACAAACGGCAGGAGGCCACCAGAAGCAUGCUGCAGGCCUGGGAGCGGCGGCAGCAGGAGGAGCAGCAGCAGGCUGAGCAGCGGAAGACCCGGGAGCAGCAGGUACAGCAGCAGGUGGCCCGCUGCCUGGCAACCUAUGCACCCAGGAGUCAAGGGCUGGGGGCUGCCCAACGCAAGCUGGAGGAGCUGAGGCGCCAGGAGCGGCAGCGCUUUGCCGAGUACCAGGCCGAGCUGCAGGGCAUCCAGCACAGGGUGCAGGCCCGGCCCUUCCUGUUUCAGCAGGCCAUGCAGACCAAUGCCCGGCUCACGGUGACCCGGCGCUUCUCCCAGGUGCUGUCGGCACUGGGGCUGGAUGAGGAACAGCUGCUGGCUGAGGCUAGGAAGGGGGAUGCCAAGGGCACUUCCCGGAGACCCAGGAGCCAACGACCAAUAGGGGAGAGAAUGGAGCACUCUUCUCAGAGCCCCCCCGAGACAGGAACCACUGGCAGCCAGCCUCAGAGGCACUUGACCCAAGCCUGGACUGGGGAUCCAGUCCCUUAGAUAAAAAUUAAAGGCUUUAUGGAAAAUA